AGCAGACUCUCUGGUCUUAUAGUAGUGAGUGGGUACAUUUUAGCAGACUCUCUGGUCUUAUAGUAGUGAGUGGGUACAUUUUAGCAGACUCUGGUCUUAUAGUAGUGAGUGGCUACAUUUUAGCAGAGUCUCUGGUCUUAUAGUAGUGAGUGGGUACAUUUUAGCUGACUCUCUGGUCUUAUAGUAGUGAGUGGGUACAUUUUAGCAGACUCUCUGGUCUUAUAGUAGUGAGUGGGUACAUUUUAGCAGACUCUCUGGUCUUAUAGUAGUGAGUGGGUACAUUUUAGCAGAGCUCUGGUCUUAUAGUAGUGAGUGGGUACAUUUUAGCAGACUCUCUGGUCUUAUAGUAGUGAGUGGGUAGAUUUUAGAUUAUUUUUUCCCGUACUGGUCCCAGGUGGGCAUUAAACCCACAACCCUGGUGUUGCAAGCACCAUGAUCUACCAACCGAGCCACACAGGACUUGAUGGAUGUGAAAAACGGUGUGACUUUGCUAAAGGAGUCUCUUGGCUUGGCUAGAUGUGCAACACUACCGAUUACAUAUUUUUAAGAAAACUUGUUGACAAUAAAUACAUUUGUGACAAUGGUACACAAUACCACUAGUUAAGACAAAGAGUUUAUUGUACUGAAUAAGUGGAACUAGAUUUAUGAAAUAAAUGGUGAAAUUAAAAUAAAUUGCCCCACCAAUUUUUAUAAAUGUUUUACAGAUCAUGCAAACUUUCAUUAGAGCCUAGAUGUCAGAUAGUCAUUUAUAAAAAUUAAAGAUACUUGUUUUACAUUUGUCGGCCUAUGUUGUAGCCUAUUUAUUUGUAUGUCAGGGUGGUAUAGCGUCCUUUAUAGGGUCCCAUUGUGGAAUUGAGAAAGGGGCAAGAGCAGAGAGUUUGGGAUGUUUUUCUGUCAAACUGUCGACAUUCAUGGGUUAAUAAUUUGUCAUUUCUUCUCAUGCUGCUGGUGGCAACAGUGCGCGAAAUAUCCAGUUAUGUACACUCGAGGAUACCCUACCGAACUCAACUCUUGCAUCUUUGCGCCCACUGAUUUUCUUUUGAGUUUUCAUCUGAAUAUCUGUCAGUUAUAAAUUAUACUUCAACUUAUUUUCGGUUAUUUUUUCAUAGGUUACAAAACGAUUAAAAUAAAGUGGAGGGAGGGGAACGAGUCGACUGCCCCUUGCAAAACUAACUUGUGUAAUAUGUGAGAUUGUACUCCUACCGCGUGCUGUGUAUACGCACUGGAUCUCUCUCACUAACUGGCAAAGUGAGACCACUGGCAACAUAACGUUUUUCACCUCGGAGACAAAAGUAUAUGAUCAUGGGGAAAGUGGAUUUAAAAAUCCGUUGUAUUUUCUUUUUCAUCAUCAUCUCAGUCCAGCGGGGAUUUUCAGAGGAAUUUGGAGCACACCAGGGUGCAAAAGGCAUACUUUUACAGAGAGUGAGACGCCAGAGCAAAGCAGCUAAAUCUGUGCUGAAGGUGACAGACUACCAUGUGAGGUGUUCUGUCGUGUCUCGCUAUGCCCACACCACAAUCCAAAGCUCUGUGUGGAACCAGCUACCUGUCACCAAGGAGGCAGCCUUUGAGGUGGACCUGCCCUCUGCUGCAUUCAUCUCCAACUUCACCAUCACCUCCAAUGACAAAGUGUACAUCGCCCAGGUGAAGGAGAGGAGUGUCGCCAGGAAGAUGUAUGACGCAGCCAAGAAACAAGGAAAAACAGCUGGACUUGUUGCCACCAAAGAGAGGGAGAUCGAGAAGUUCCGCGUGGCGGUGAGUGUUCCCUCGGGGACCCGGAUGUCCUUCUCUCUGUCCUACGAGGAGCUGCUGCCCCGCAGGUUGGGUCGCUAUGAACUGACCCUGGGUCUGAGGCCUGGAGGACUGGUCACUAACCUCACCCUGGACGUCAGUAUUGCAGAAAGGACAGGACUCAGCUUCAUCAAGGUCCUCCCGCUGAAGACCAGUCGACUGCUCUCCAACACUGUCACAGGUGAGUCUGAGGCUCCAGCCUCCACCCAGGUCCAGCAGAACCCUCGUUGUGCUGGUGUGCACUACAGCCCCAGCCUGCAGCAGCAGAGCAGUGCCUCUUCUAAGGGACUGAACGCUGACUACAUCAUCCAGUACGAUGUAGAACUCAGUGACCUCAUUGGGGACAUACAGGUGUUUGAUGGAUACUUUGUCCACUACUUUGCACCUCGGGGGCUUCCUGUUGUCCCCAAGGAUGUCAUCUUUGUCAUUGAUGUCAGUGGCUCCAUGAUUGGCACCAAGAUCAAACAGACAAAGCAGGCGAUGUCCACUAUCCUGGGGGACCUGCGUGAGGAGGACCACUUCAACAUCAUCACUUUCUCAGACAAGGUCCACACAUGGAGGAAGGGUCGCACAGUGAGGGCCACGCGGAGUAACAUACGAGACGCUAAGGACUUUGUCAAGAGGAUCAUCGCUGAAGGAUGGACCAACAUCAAUGCAGCCCUCCUCUCAGCCGCCCAGCUGGUCAACCCUCCCUCCUCCUCCGGUGGUACCCGCCGGGUCCCUCUGGUCAUCUUCCUGACGGACGGUGAGGCUACCAUCGGCGUGACAUCCGGUGACUUCAUCCUGAGCAAUGCUAAGAGCGCCCUGGGGGCCACCUCUCUGUUUGGCCUGGCUUUCGGGGACGACGCCGACUUCCCUUUGCUACGGCGCCUGGCACUGGACAACCGCGGCGUGGCGAGGAUGGUGUACGAGGAUGCGGAUGCCGCACUUCAGCUGAAGGGAUUCUACGAUGAGGUGGCCAGCCCGCUACUGUCAGACAUCCAGCUGACCUACAUGGACGACCAGGCCUUUGACGUCACACGCUCCCUCUUCCCUAACUACUUCCAGGGCUCCGAGCUGGUGGUCACUGGGAAGGUCAAGCCAGGGGUCAGGGACCUGAAGGUGUCUCUGACGGCCAGUGGCUCCAAGCAGAAGGUGAAGGUGGAGAAUGAGGUGUUGGUGUCUAAUGGAGAGGGGAAUAGGACAGUGCUCUCUAUGGGCUGCCCUGGGGGCAUGGAUGGGAUCCCCAGCUUUGUACGGCGUCUCUGGGCUUACUUCACUAUCAAAGAGCUGCUGCUGGCCAAACUGAACACCACUGACCCUAACAUACAGAAACUGCUGGGAGAGAAGGCCACCAACCUCUCCCUCAAGUACAACUUUGUCACUCCUGUUACUUCCCUCGUUGUAGUUAAGCCUGAUGCCGAUGAAAUUCCUACCUCAGCGUCAACUACAACGGUUCGACCCACCACCACCACAGGUACUACAACAACCACAGUAGCCCACACACCUGCCACCAACAUAGCCUCCUCAAUCCCUGUGAAAAAGCCCAGGAUGAUCAAAGCUAAAGCAGACCCUCUUGUCAGAAAGCCUCCACCUCUCCAACCACCUCAACCCAGAAAGGGAUCCACCCCAUCAACAAAACCCAACCCAGUGAAAACAGUGGCUCCACCAUCCCCCAAGAAAACCCCUACAACUACCACCCCCAGCCCCAGUGCUGUCAAAACCGUCCCUGUCCCUCUCUCAGGGAAAAUCCCUACCCCUCCUCCCAGCUCUCCUAAAACUGCUCCUGCCCCUCCUGCCAGAAUAGUCAGUACCCUGCCCAACUUGCUCAAAACAGCCACCGCUCCUGCACCUGGGAAAACCACCACAACCCCUGCACGCACCACAGUGAAUACCAUCCUUACAACCGCCACCACUACCACCCAACGCAAAACAGUAAAGACUACAGUCCCUACAACUGUGAAAACCACUACCUCUACUACCACCACCACCUCAGUCAGAGCCGACCCAACCACUGCUCCACAGCCUGGGAAACCCACUACGCCCCUGCCCAUCUCUGUUAGAACAGCCCUCCCACCAGUUAGAAUAUCCCUCUCAUCCCUCUCAUCUUCCUUAGAAAACGCCACCAUGUCUGCCGCUGAUGCCAACCAACCUCAGGUCACCACACACCUGUACAGUCUUAAGUAUGUCCCCCCUACUCCAGCUCCACAGGGCAGUAACACAGACACAGACCCAGAUGUGGACCAGAUUGCCACCUUUGUCUCUGCCACAUUUUCCCCCAUGCCAGGCGUUACAGACGGACCGAAACUGUGGGAGGCUGCAGGACUAUUGGAUGUCUCUACUUCCAUUCAGCUCCAGAGAAAAGAUAUGGAGGUGGUUAAAGAUUAUGAUGCAACCUACGACAAUGACCUUGACUAUGACUCCUGGGAUGAAUCAGCAUCAAAUCCUUUGCCGCCCCCCCCCUCCAGACUGAGCUCUGUCAGAGUCUUCUCCUCUUCUGUUGAUGGAGACCCUCACUUUGUGGUCCAGCUCCCUAAACUGAAACAGAAUCUGUGUUUCACGGUGGACGGCAGGGCCAACGAUGUACUGAGACUGCUGGAAGACUCCGAGAGAGGUAUCAUGGUGGAUGGUCAUUUGAUGUGGGCUCCGUCCAAACAAGACGUCGAAGACCGUUCCCGUACAUACUUUGACCAGAUAACCAUCUCCACCAGGGGCGGGACAGGUGUGCUGGGCGCCAUAAUGAUCACCCUCUCAUUGGAUGCUGUGGUGGUGGAGGGGGAGGGGCGGGACACCCUACACACCAAUCAGGAGGGAUCUGUGACAAGGCAGGGUGUGAUGGUUUCCAUGGAAAGCAGAGAUGACUUCCAUCAGAGCUGUUGGAUCGAGCUGACGAAGGACAUUCGUUUCCUGGUUCUCUUCCACCACUACAGACACCCCAGCUACCUGCAGAUGGCACACCUUGGAUUCUACAUCACUGACGGACAGGGCCUCUCUCUUUCAACCAAAGGCCUACUGGGCCAGUUCCAGCAUGCUGACAUGCGUGUCACGCUGAUGAAGGACCCUCGUGACACACUGCGUCAGCCCAGUAAAGAGGGGGUGCUGAGGUGGGGGGUGAUACACAUGCCCGUCACCCUACAGGACAAGACCCUGAAGGACACAGUGAGGAAAGGUCACCUGGGAAGUUGUUGGGUCGUGCCCAAGGCGCAGGUGGAGAGACUGCUGGGAAAUCCCUACCAGAGCUAUGUGGUGGAUCACCUGUAAAUACUCACUGGCUCUUUUCAAAUCCAAAACCCAUCCUAGCACACUAGUUAGAAUACUAUACAUGCCUAACGCAUUACUUUAUAUUAAUUGGUAUGGAGAUUGGAACCGAGACACUCAUCUAGCUAUCCCCUUCACCUCAAAGCUGGGUAGCUCAGGCCAUGGGAAACUCUGUAAGGACAAACAGCACUGGGACACAGGGUGCUGCUGGCUAGCCUUCAAUACCAAUGUCACAUAGUGAGUUAUUACUCUCUGAGAGCACCGGUGGCAGUGUGCAUGAAUGCAUAUUCAUGAUUAUGAGAGGAAAAAGAGAGCCAAUUACGAGACAGAGAAAAGAGAACAAGAGACAGAUGCAAAAGAGAAAAUGUGAGAGACCGAGGGAGAGUCCAGUAAGUAUGAUGAGGUAAUUCACACAGGUGUCAGACAUUAAUAAAUAAAGGAUAUGGGAUGAUGUCAUUGCACCACUCCUUUCUGAAACAACAAUAGUGACAGACUUCUCCUUCUACAGUUAACACUGCAACAGUAAGAUCUUAAUUUUCUGUAUACUUCGGCAGACAAAUGCUGCUUGAUCUUCACAUACAGCUCAUUCCAAUCUCUCCUUCACGCAAAUCAUGUUUCAUAAGUACUUUUAUAAUUCCAAUGUUAUAACAAAUAUAUUAGAUGAUUUGAGCAAUGUGGAAUUUUUUUAAGUGUCAGGGUUGUGUAUAUACAGUAUGUAUAUUCCUAAAAUGACUAAAUAUUAUAAAUUGUCUAUGGAACUUGUUUUGGUCUUAUUGCGGUAGGUAGUUUUACACAAAUGAUUUAGUUCUGUUAAAACACAUUGACUCUCAGACACUAUGGAUUUGACUUUUCAUGUUUGCCAUGUGCUUUUAAUUUUUUUUCUAUACUUUUGUUCAUAGUUUAAUUCAUUUUAUUUGUUACACAAGACAUUGUUCACAUACUAGUGAUCAAACAAAGGACUGUAAGUUGUUUACUUCUCCGUCUGCCCUAUGUUUUCGGCAAUUUCAAGGGAUGUCAUCAAUAAUAUUAGUCAAAGGCCAAAACUCUUAAAUGAAUACAUCAAACCACAUUUUAGGCUUUCAUUUAAAUAAAUAAAGAGAAGACAGCGUCUGGUGUCGAGGAAGGGGGAAAAUGCCCAAAUAUAACUAGCUACGCUUGCAGAGUAAACUCAACACAAUUCACCAAGGUAACAUAAUUCCAGUAUGAAAUUCACACAAUGUGAAAACUGUGCACAGUCUGAAACUGUAGAAAUGAGUCUAAAAGAUGACUGGACUGAAGGGUUGAAAGCUUAAUUGAACCCUAUGAUUGAGGACCAGACUGUUGCUAUCGUCCCACUGUCCUUCAUCACAACCUGUUAUAAGACCUGUUAAUGUUUAACCCAUGUAAAACUGUAAUAACCAGUAAAUCAGGUCAAACAUGAUACAACAAAACUAAAACAAUGAAGUCGGCAUAUGCAUCACUUUGAGAUCAGUUAUGAUAAUAUAACAAACUAAUAGCAGAGAAGCAUAUUCAGCAUUACCUUCCAUCACCAUAACGUCAGUGAAAUCAAAUAAAUUAGCAUUGUAAUAAGACACACAGAGCCACCCCAAAUACGUAAAAACUGAGGCGUUUAGAGAUAUGAGGGACUACAUGAAGGGAUCGGCAAUAAUUCCCACUAACGACAUCCAUGUUACUGUAAUCGAAUUUGAAGGGAAAUGUUGUGGCAUCUAUCUCAGCAUUGCUGCCCACAAUUGAUAUGUACUGUAAAUAACUAACCAAGCUGCAGAUCCAAA